CACUGGACUGAUGUGGAUAUUUGAACUGCACAGUAAAACUUGCAUGUAUUUUAUUUACUUCUGAAUCCUGUCGUUACAGUAAUCAUUUAUCAAUCCUCCAAUCAAAGGUGGUGAUGAACGGCCUCCGUCUGAGUACGAAACCCAGCCUGUGUCUGCCAAAAAGGAUAGUUGAGCUGUGAGCCCCUUCGACUGCGGUCACUUUCCAUUACAGGCAGACAGGGCUGGUGGUUGAACGGCUCACAGCAGAGCAGAGCGGCAGAGAUUUGGACACUCACGGCCUCUUCCUCUCAGCCAGCUUCAGUACCACGACCAUGGCACAAACGGCCACCAUCGACCCCACCAAGAUGGGAGAGGGUCGGGCGAUCGCCGUGCUGACCUCGGGAGGCGACGCCCAGGGAAUGAAUGCUGCUGUUAGAGCCACCGUUCGAGUUGGACUCUACACCGGAGCCAGAGUGUUCUUUGUCCAUGAGGGUUAUCAGGGUCUGGUGGACGGUGGAGACCACAUUCGCCCGGCUACUUGGGAGAGCGUGUCAAUGAUGCUGCAGCUGGGUGGGACCGUGAUCGGCAGCGCCCGCUGCCAGGAUUUCCGCAGCAAGGAGGGACGCACGAAGGCUGCCUACAACCUGGUCAAGUUAGGCAUCACCAACCUGUGUGUGAUCGGAGGUGAUGGCAGUCUCACUGGUGCCAAUGCGUUCAGGACAGAGUGGAGUGAACUGCUGUCAGACCUGGUCAAAGCAGGUAAGAUCACCAUUCAUGAGGCCAAGAGUUCCUCCCACCUGAACAUCGUCGGCAUGGUGGGCUCCAUUGACAACGACUUCUGUGGAACCGAUAUGACCAUCGGCACAGAUUCUGCCCUGCAUCGCAUUAUAGAGAUCGUGGAUGCCAUCACCACCACAGCACAGAGUCACCAAAGGACGUUCAUUCUGGAGGUCAUGGGUCGCCACUGCGGUUACCUGGCUCUAGUGACAGCGCUGGCCUGCGGUGCUGACUGGGUGUUCAUCCCAGAGAUGCCACCGGAGGACAAAUGGGAGGAGCAUCUGUGCAGACGACUGACAGAACAAAGGGGGCGUGGCUCCCGUUUGAACAUCAUCAUCGUCGCAGAAGGAGCGAUGGACCGCUGUGGUAAGCCUAUCACGUGUGAACACGUGAAACAGCUGGUCUCAAAGAAGCUCGGCUUUGACACUCGCACCACCAUCUUGGGCCACGUGCAGAGGGGCGGAACACCCUCCGCCUUUGACAGAAUCCUGGCAAGCAGGAUGGGUGUCGAGGCUGUUAUGGCUCUGCUGGAGGCCACACCAGACACUCCUGCCUGUGUGGUCAGCCUGUCUGGGAACAUGGCUGUCAGGCUGCCUCUGAUGGAGUGUGUGCAAGUGACCAAGGACGUCACCGUAGCGAUGGGUGAAGGGAGGUUUGAUGAUGCUGUGAGGCUCAGGGGAAAGAGCUUCGAGAACAACUGGAACACUUACAAAAUGUUGGCUCACGUCCACAUUCCAGAAAAAAAGAGCAAUAUCAACAUCGCUAUCGUCAACGUGGGGGCUCCCUGCUCUGGAAUGAACGCCGCAGUCCGCUCAGCUGUCAGAAUCGGAAUUCUGCAGGGCCAUCAGAUGUUGGCGGUGCAUGACGGCUUUGAUGGUUUGGCUCAAGGAUUGAUCGAGCCUAUUGGCUGGGCAGGAGUGGCAGGAUGGACAGGAAAAGGUGGCUCCAUGUUGGGAACAAAGAGAUCUCUGCCAAAUGAGUUCAUAGAAGAGAUCAGUCUGAACAUCGCUAAGUUCAACAUUCAUGCUUUAGUCAUUGUUGGAGGCUUUGAGGCAUUUGUUGGAGGUCUGGAGAUGGUGCAGGCGAGAGAGAAGUACGAGGAACUGUGCAUUCCUCUGGUUGUUGUUCCUGCCACUGUCUCCAACAAUGUUCCCGGAUCCGACUUCAGUAUUGGCGCUGACACUGCCCUCAACACCAUCACCAUGACCUGUGACCGAAUCAAACAGUCUGCCGCCGGCACGAAGAGGAGGGUGUUUAUUGUCGAAACGAUGGGGGGAUACUGUGGCUACUUGGCAACCAUGGCCGGCCUGGCAGCAGGAGCUGAUGCUGCGUACAUCUACGAGGAUCCUUUCAACAUACAUGACCUGGAGUUGAACGUGGAACAUCUGGUGGAGAAGAUGAAGACCACAGUGAAGAGAGGACUCAUUCUGAGAAAUGAGAAGAGCAAUGCCAACUACACAACGGACUUCAUCUUUAACCUGUACUCAGAGGAAGGAAAGGGUAUAUUUGACUGCAGGAAGAAUGUCCUUGGACAUAUGCAACAGGGCGGAACGCCAAGUCCUUUUGACAGGAACUUUGGCACAAAAAUGGGGAUGAAGUCGGUCCUUUGGCUCACUGACAAGAUCAAGGAAUGCUACAGACAUGGCCGAAUCUUUGCCAACUCUCCAGAUUCAGCCUGUGUUCUGGGAAUGAAAAAGAGAUCUUUGGUCUUUCAGCCUCUGUUAGAACUCAAAGGAUUCACUGACUUUGAGCACCGUAUUCCAAAGGUUCAGUGGUGGUUAAAGCUGAGGCCCAUCCUGAAAAUCCUGGCCAAGUACAAGAUCAACCUGGACACCUCUGAAAAGACUGCCAUGGAACAUAUCAUCAAGAAACGAGGCUUAGUUCCUCAGUAGUCCUCACACAGGGGCACACGUGGAAAUGCAUGAACAGACACGAACGAGUGCACGCCACACACACACACACACACACGUGAAUUUUCCAAAUUAAAGUUGCUUUGGUCUGUCCUGUG